AUGUACCCGAUAUUCAUCAGUGUUGUAUAUCUCAUACGAGAGAGUUGUUUUAAGAAUUUCCAGUAUCGUCAAUGUCACUUACAGGUUAUGUGUUUCAGAGUGACAUUUGAAGAUGGCAGAAUUGCAACUGAAAAAAAGUCGUCAACGGGAACUUUUGAAUAUUCGGAUGAGAUAGAUGAGGAAACAGAAGGUGUCGAACCGAAUGUUUUGGCCGCAUCUUCGUCCCAGACCACAGCAAAUGCAUCACUAGAUGAUGGUGUUUGCAUAUUCACUGAUCUAACGAAACCGAAGAAUUUACAUGUGAAUGUAUCAAAGCGACAACUCAAGAAACGUUUACGUUUGCAACGGUUGGGUUACGUAGUUGAUCUUAAGCCAGAUUAUCAAAUGGCAAACGUUUCAGAUGGUGUCUAUUUAGGUAGUCAAGAUGUGGCACAUCACUGUGAACUACUAAAGUCUCAUCAUAUCACACAUAUUAUCAAUUGUGCAUCAGGUGUUCGGAACGUAUUCGAGGGUCGCAUUAAAUAUUUGAAUGUUGAUGCGUUAGACUUACCGUCAAUGAAUAUUUCGCAGUAUUUUGCUGAAUGCCAUUCCUUUAUGAGGAAGGCAAUCGAGGCUGGAGGCAAUUUGAUGGCCAUUCGAAAAUUCAGAUUCCAAGCGGACUUCUCUCAGGAACAGUUUUGUCAAUUGGUUCUCGUUCAUUGUAACGCUGGUGUUUCACGGUCAGCCACUAUUGUCGUAUCGUACGUGAUGAAAUAUGAUCGAAAGAGUUUGAAGGAUGCCCUCGAACAAGUCAAUUCUGUUAGACGAGGAAUUGUUUUGCUGGUAACGUUUAUCCAUGCGGCUUUGAUUCCUGAUGUAUAUUCCGCUGUGAUGACCAUGUACGCUAAAACUGGCGAAAAUGUGACCCUCACAUUCGGUACGACUAUAAAGGACGUUUUCGUGUCUAAAAAUGGCGAAAAAGUACUGAUCGUUGAAGGCGGAGAGUUCACGGAAUACGGACGCAAGCUGUUUGGUGAUCGCGCCAGCUUCGCAAAGGGAACGCUCACACUGAAGAAUAUCCAGCAGUCGGAUUUGCAAAAUUACUAUUACAAGUUGUACAACCACGAUAUGACAGUCAACCUUCAAGAUAAGACUGUUCUAGAAGAAAUGACUGCAGGAGGACGUCUCCCUCCUCACUGA